UGUACCGUUCAGUUUUGUUUUGUGAGCGGUUGCGUCUGGUUGUUGUGUGCGGUACCUUUUCCACAUUUUGCGCAAAAUACAAAUUGUUGGGUGCACUUUUUUGAAAACUGUGUUUGUGUGCGUGUGCUUGUAGUGGUGGAGACUCUUGUGACUCUUCUCGUCUCUCGCACUCUCGCCCUCUCUCUGUCUAUCAUCAUCUCACUCUGUGUGGUGUGUGCAACGACGUCUCAGUGUGUGUAUGUGUGUGCAUUUUGAACAAGGAAAAGUGUUGAAGAAGUAAGAAAGAAAGCGCAACUUUGAAAGAAAAGUGAAAAACGAAGCAAAAAAAAAUAAAGAAAAAUGGCAACUGAAGUAGCUCAAAUACCCGCUGAGGAAACGCCAGCAGUUGCAGCACCAGCAAGCACAGAAAAUGCUGCUGCCGCUGCCGCUGAACAGGCGGAAAAACCUGCUGCCGACUCUGUCGCUGUUGCCGCCGUCGCUGGCGAGAACGCUGCUAACGCCCAAGACAACAACAAAGAGGAUGCUAAGGCGUCGCCUGCCGCCGCUGCUGCUGAAGAUGGAGCAGCCGCUGAUGCAAAGAAAGAUGGAGAUGCCGCCGCUGCAGUUGCAGCUCCCGCUGCGGCUGCUGGAAAAUCAGAAGCGCCAGCACAAAAGUUCAAUGUGCACAAGACCAAUUUUGAAAAGGACAUCAUCUAUCUGUAUCAGUUUUCGCGCACCCCCCUGCUGCCCUCGCUUUCACCAUAUUGCCUCAAAGUGGAGACUUGGCUGCGUCUGGUGGGACUCAAGUAUGAGAAUGUCGAUCAUAAGAUGCGUUUCCGUUCCAAGAAGGGUCAACUGCCUUUCAUUGAGCUGAAUGGCGAGGAGAUUGCCGAUUCGGCCAUCAUCAUCAAGGAGCUGUCGGCCAAGUAUGAUAAGAAUCUGGAUGCCGGCCUCACAGCCGAGCAGCGCAAUGUGUCGUAUGCCACAAUUGCCAUGUUGGAGAACCAUUUGAUCUGGAUCAUCUUCUAUUGGCGCGCCAAGUAUCCCGAUAAUGUGCUCAAGGGAUACAAAGUGAAUUUGCAGCAUGCGCUCGGCUUGCGUUUGCCCAACUCCAUUUUAAAUUUCUUCUUUAAAAUAACGUUCGGUCGCAAGUGGUUCCAGGGUACGAAAAAGCUCAAGGCGCACGGUAUCGGUGUGCAUAGCGCCGAGGAGAUCGAGGAGUUCGGCAAGAACGAUCUGAAGGUGCUCAGCGAGAUGUUGGACUGCAAGCCAUUCUUCUUUGGCGAUGAGCCGACCACCUUGGAUGUGGUCGCCUUUGCGGUUCUGUCGCAGCUGCAUUAUCUGUCCAAGGAUAUUGCGUAUCCAUUGCGCGAUUAUAUGACCGAGAAGUGUCCCAACUUGAUUGGUCAUGUGUCCCGCAUGAAGGACAAGUGCUUCCCCGACUGGGAUGAGAUCUGCACAAAGCUGGAUCUGAAUGCGCACAUUCCCAAGCCAGAGCCUGAGACCAAGGAAGGCAAGGAGGGUGGCGAACAGGAGAAAUCAAAUGAGCAGGAGGGCACUGAGGGUGACAAGAUCGAGAAGGAGUUGGAGAAGGACAAGUCGAACGAGAAGGAGUCGACCGAAGAGAACAAGGAGAAGGAGGAGACAAAGUAAAGCGCCGUUAGUUAUAUAUGAAAUAUAUAUAUAUAUAUAUCUGAAUGAAGGAGAAAGGAGAUGAAGCAGAACAACAACACCCCACAUAUAUACAUAGUACGAUACUAAUACUAUAUCUAUAGUAUAUAUAUAAACUUAUAUAUAUAUAUAUAUAGUAAGGCGCUCAUAUAUAUUAACAUUCGAAUGUCAAAAGAAUCAUUUAAAACAUAGGACAACUGUAAAGCAAAACAGGCAGAAAAUAUUAAGAAAAAAAAAAGAACGAUCCACUCAAAAGAAAAAAAAAACAAAAAACGUAUAUACAAUAACGUAACGUAAAAACUUUGGACAUCUUUUUUUAUAUAUAUACAAAGUAAAAACCAAGAAGACGAGGAAGAGAAAAAAACAAAAGAAAAUCUAAAAAAAAAAGAAAACGGUAAAAACAUUUAGUAUAAAAUUAUAAAAGUUUAUACGUAUAAGCGAAAAGGAUGAGAAAAAGAAAUAUAAAAAAUUAGUUAAAGAACUCGAAUAUGAAAAGUAAAUCAAAGUGAGAAUGAAACCAGAAGAUUGUAAGAGGAGCAAAAGGGUGAGAAAAAAGGUGUAGAACAGCAUACAAUACGCAUUAACCAUUAGUUUUCAUUAAAGCGAUCUAUAUAAUACACACACACACACACUCUCACUCACCACUCACUCGACACAUACACUCUCACACAGCCAUGUAAACUCACAUACAUACAUUCACACACAGUCACUCAUACAGACAUACUGCAUUAUGCAGCAACAAUUGCAACUCGAUGGUAUUGUUUACUCUUCCAAAAUUUAUUAAGCUUAAAGUAAAUAAAAAAAAAAAAAUUAUGGAUGUAUUUGCGGCGGAGGAAUAUAUAAAUAUAUAUAUGAUAUGAUAUAUAUAAUAUAUAUGAUAUGUAGGUGAUGCUUAGGAUGAUGUGACCAGUUGAGAACAAGAAAGUAGAGAAGAAGAUGAAGGAGAAGGGGCCGCUGCUGAUAAUUAAGUUUAUUUUUUAUAUAUAUAUGAUUGCAAAUAGUAAUUUUUUAUUCAUGUGUGCAAAUAAUUAAAUAAAAAUAUUGAAAAUUUAUUACUUAUAAUUAUAUAUACAUACAUUAUAUACGCCCCUAUCAUAAAGAUGUGUAUAAAACAAACAACAAAACAAACAAACAAAAAAAAAACAACAAAACAUGAAAUAUUGUUUAUUAUUGUUUUCGUUUUCUUAUGAUUUCCCAUUCUGGGCAUAUCCAUCGGUCUCUUUUGCCGAUCCUGUCCAGCAUGUUGCUUUAUCUGUUUUUUCCAAAACACAAAUUCGAACCAAAAAAUGAAAAUACAAAAAACACAAAUACUCGGCAAAACGUAAAUUAAAUUAAAUUGUAACUAAAUUUAAAAGAGGCGCAUUCGAUUUUAUGUUUCGUCUUUUCUUCUAUGAUUUGUAUACAAAUAAAUGUUUAAUUUUAAUUAUGCAAAUAUGAUAUAAACAAAUAAACAUAAUUUCUAUUGUAAUUAAACGCUGCGAACAAAACAAAACAAACAUCAAACUUAGUAGACGAAUCUGAGAAGAACGUAUAGACAAAGAAGAUGAAGAUGAAAGACGAAGUUGAAGAAUCAUAAAACAAACUGACACAAAUCUCAUGCAAAUAUUUUUGGAGAUUUCGAAAUCUCUUCGAAAACUCAAACGCCUUCUUUUUCCAUGGGUUUUUUUUUUUCAAAUCGGUUUUUUCGCUGUCCCAUCAACUGCACUUUCAAAUUCUAAUCCCAUUCUACACCCGCCAAUGCCGCGAGCAAAGUAAACAAAAUCAAAGUCUAACAAAAUGUGGCAUAAAACAAACAAAAUGAAAGAGAGAAGAGAAGAAUCGAUGAAGAAAAAAUAAAAAACAAA